AUGGGUUUUUUUCCUACAGCUAAUGAAAGAACGUUUUUGGCAUGGAUGCGGACAAGCCUUUCGACGAUUUCCGUCGGUGUUGCUAUUACGCAAUUAUUCCGCCUCGACAAGUCAGUCGCUCACGAUCCAAAUGUGGUAACUUGGGGUCGACCAACGGGGAUGGUGUUUAUUAUCCUAGGCAUCGCCUUUUUGGCUUUUGCAUUCCUGCGGUUUUUCCAUGCCCAAGUCGCCAUGAUGAAUGGGUAUUUUCCUGCCAGUCGAGGCAUCAUUCUUGUCACCUCUUCCGCCACCUUGACCGCACUCUCCGCUUUGUUUAUUAUCAUUCUACAGAAAUCCUAA